AUGGCGGCGAUGGGAACGAAACUCAGCGCGGUCCGUCAGCAAAAAUACAACACGCCUUCUUCUUGCCCUGGAGGAAACGGUGAGCUUUCAGAGGCCACCAUCUUCGAAAGCUAUGCUACGGCACUCAAAGCAGUGGUUGAAAUGGCCUCGUGGGGCACCAAGGGUCUGGAGCACAACGGCUGGUUACGGACUCUCUCGUGCCGUGACGUUAUCCUGAUGUGCUUCAGCAUAGACUCCCUGGAGAAACACCCAGAGUUCGCCAUACCAGAGGUGCGCCACUUCUGCCGCAGCGUGGCCAUCAUCCUGGCGACGAUCAAGAGCCUUCGAAGCCACCUGCUCACGCUGCUAUAUACAGCUACCACGAAGCCGAUGGACGCGGCACUUCAACUAGGGCGCAUCGUGGCGAUGUGA